GCCAGACGGUAGACUACAAAUCCCGGCAAGCCUCGGGCCGCCCUUGUUAUUCUCGCGUUAACUGGGAGCCUCGUUUCCCGCGUGCGGCAGGAAGUGACGUCCGGGGCACAGCCGCUUCCAGAGCCACUUUUUCGCGAGGCGGAAGAGCCCCGACCGCGGAGAAGCAAGGGGGCGCUAGGAGAGGGAACUGGGUUGCCACGGCCCGGCGAGACAGAGCUGGGGUGCGGGGAAGUUGGGAAGCAGAGCCCGCUGGGUGACCGAGUAGGGUAAGGCCGUGACGACUGGGUCCGUUAGGAAGAAGGAGCUGCAGGAGUAGGAGUAAUUGUCGGGCGGAUCCCCGGACGGAGGGCUGAGGUUGUGUGGAAGGUGCUGCACCCCGGAUGGCGACCGCAGAUACUCCAGCCCCGGCCUCCAGUGGCCUCUCACCGAAGGAAGAAGGGGAGCUCGAAGAUGGGGAGAUCAGCGACGACGACAAUAACAGCCAGAUCCGGAGCAGGAGCAGCAGCAGCAGCAGCGGCGGCGGGCUGUUACCUUAUCCGCGGCGAAGGCCGCCUCACCCGGCCAGGGGCGGUGGAUCCGGCGGAGGCGGUGGCUCCUCCUCAUCCUCGUCCUCUUCUCAGCAACAGCUGAGGAAUUUCUCACGCUCUCGGCACUCGUCAGAGCGGGGCCACCUCAGGGGACACAGCAGCUACCGACCCAAAGAACCGUUCAGGUCUCACCCGCCCCCGGUGCGGAUGCCUUCGACCUCGCUGUCCGAAAGCAGCCCCCGGCCGUCUUUCUGGGAGCGGAGCCACAUCGCCUUGGACCGUUUCCGCUUUCGAGGCAGGCCUUAUCGGGGUGGGAGUCGCUGGAGUCGGGGGCGAGGAGGGGGUGAGCGAGGCGGCAAGCCGGGGGGCAGGCCAAAAGUUUUGGAAGAUCUCCAUCAAGAAAACAAAAUUAUUCAUCAAAAAGUGAAAACUGUGGGGAAGAAACUUUUGAAGAUUUACUUUUAAAGUAUAAGCAAAUCCAGUUGGAACUUGAAUGCAUUAAUAAAGAUGAGAAACUAGCUUUGAGUAGUAAAGAAGAGAAUGCACAGGACGAUUCUAAAACGUUGAACUUUGAGGACCAAACAAGCACUGAUAAUAUCAGUAUUACAAAGGACUCAAGUAAAGAAGUAGCUCCUGAGGAGAAAAUACAGGUCAAACAUUUUCAGGCAUUUGAAUUAAAACCACUCAGGCAAAAACUGACUUUACCAGGUGAUAAGAACCGGUUGAAAAAGGUUAAAGAUGGAGCAAAACAACUUUCCCUGAAAUCGGACACUACUGAAUCUAGUCAAGGAUUAGAAGAUAAAGAACAAAAUUUAGCAAGAAGAAUUAGUACCUCAGAUAUUCUAUCUGAACAGAAACUUGGUGAAGAUGAAGAGGAGCUAUCUGAAUUACAGCUUCGUCUUUUAGCUCUUCAAUCAGCCAGUAAAAAAUGGCAACAAAAAGAACAGCAGGUGAUGAAGGAAAGCAAAGAAAAAUUGACUAAGACGAAAACUGUACAGCAAAAGGUUAAAACCAGUACAAAAACACAUUCAGCCAAAAAAGUUAGCACUACAGCUAAACAAGCUUUGCGGCAGCAGCAAACAAAGGCCUGGAAGAAACUACAACAACAGAAGGAACAGGAAAGACAGAAAGAAGAAGAUCAGCGGAAACAAGCUGAAGAAGAAGAGAGAAGGAAAAGAGAAGAAGAAAUUAGAAAAAUUCGAGAUCUCUCAAAUCAGGAGGAGCAGUACAAUCGAUUCAUGAAAUUGGUUGGUGGGAAGAGGAGAUCAAGAAGUAAAUCUUCAGAUCCUGACCUGAAGAGAUCCUUAGAUAAGCAACCUACAGAUAGCGGAGGAGGCAUUUAUCAAUAUGACAAUUAUGAAGAAGUUGCUAUGGAUACGGAUAGUGAAACCAGUUCUCCAGCUCCUUCACCAGUACAACCACCAUUCUUUUCUGACUGUUCAUUGGGAUAUUUUCCUUCAGCACCAUCUAAUUCUUUGCCUCCGCCACCUCAGGUUUCUUCUAUACCACCUUUGAGCCAGCCUUAUGUGGAAGGCUUGUGUGUUUCUCUUGAAUCUCUACCUCCGCAACCUCCUUUACCACCUCUCCCACCUGAAGACCCAGAACAGCCGCCAAAACCACCUUUUGCAGAUGAGGAAGAGGAGGAAGAAAUGCUGCUUCGAGAAGAGCUACUGAAGUCUCUAGCAAAUAAAAGAGCUUUUAAGCCAGAGGAAACAUCCAGUAAUAGUGACCCACCUUCACCUCCGCUUUUGAACAAUUCACAGCCUAUGCCAAGAAGCAAUCUGUCAAUAGUCAGUAUUAAUACAGUGUCUCAGCCUAGGAUACAAAAUCCAAAGUUUCAUAGAGGACCUCGUCUUCCACGAACUGUAAUCUCGCUUCCAAAGCAUAAAUCGGUAGUUGUCACACUAAAUGAUUCGGAUGAUAGUGAGUCUGAUGGAGAGACUUCCAAGUCAACAAAUAGUGUUUUUGGUGGAUUAGAGUCCAUGAUUAAAGAAGCACGACGAACUGCUGAGCAAGCUUCAAAACCAAAAGUCCCUCCAAAAUCCGAAAAGGAAAAUGAUCCUUUGCGAACACCUGAAGCUUUGCCUGAAGAGAAGAAGAUCGAAUAUAGAUUGUUAAAGGAAGAGAUUGCCAACCGUGAAAAACAGCGUUUGCUUAAAUCAGAUCAACUUAAGACAAGUUCAUCAUCUCCAGCAAAUUCUGAUGUAGAAAUUGAUGGAAUUGGCAGAAUAGCAAUGGUUACUAAGCAGGUUACAGAUGCAGAAGCAAAACUUAAAAAACACAGGAUUCUCUUGAUGAAAGAUGAAUCUGUUUUAAAAAAUCUAGUGCAGCAAGAAGCUAAGAAGAAAGAGUCUGUUCGAAAUGCUGAAACAAAGAUUACAAAACUUACAGAGCAACUUCAAGCAACUGAGAAAAUUCUCAGUGUCAAUAGAAUGUUUUUGAAGAAGCUUCAGGAACAAAUUCAUAAAGUUCAACAACGUGUUACAAUUAAAAAAGCUUUGACUCUUAAAUAUGGAGAAGAGCUUGCUCGGGCAAAAGCAGUGGCUAGUAAAGAAAUAGGAAAACGGAAACUGGAACAAGAUCGCCUUGGACCAAACAAAAUGAUGAGACUAGACACUUCUCCCAUAUCAAGUCCAAGAAAGCAUUCAGCAGAACUAAUUGCUAUGGAAAAAAGACGCUUACAAAAGCUAGAAUAUGAAUAUGCCCUGAAGAUUCAAAAGUUGAAAGAAGCCCGGGCCCUCAAAGCAAAAGAACAACAAAAUGUCACUGCAGUUGUGGAAGAGGAACCUGAAUUUUCUUUACCUCAACCCUCACUUCAUGAUCUGACACAAGAUAAAUUAACCCUGGACACUGAAGAAAAUGAUGUUGAUGAUGAAAUUUUGUGUGGUUCAAACAGAGAACGAAGAAGAUCCUUCUUGGAAUCCAAUUCUUUUACUAAACCUAACCUUAAACACACUGAUACCCCUAACAAAGAAUGUAUUAACAAACUUGCUAAAAAUAGUGUAGAAAAACCAGAACUUUUUCUAGGGUUAAAAAUUGGUGAAUUACAAAGAUUAUAUUUGAAAGCUGACAGCUUAAAACAACUGAUUUUAAAAACUACCACAAGCGUUACAGAAAAGGUUUUGCAUGGUCAGGAGAUUUCUGUGGAUGUGGAUUUUGUCACAGCGCAGAGUAAAACAACAGAAGUGAAACCGUGUCCUUUUAGCCCCUACCAUAGUCCUCUUCUAGUUUUUAAGUCUUACAGAUUUAGUCCAUACUAUCGAACCAAGGAGAAACUUCCCCUAAGCUCAGUAUCAUACAGUAAUAUGAUUGAACCAGAUCAGUGUUUUUGCCGAUUUGAUUUAACAGGAACAUGUAAUGAUGAUGAUUGUCAGUGGCAACAUACACAAGACUAUACGCUUAACCGAAAACAGCUAUUUCAAGACAUUCUGUCAUAUAAUCUGUCUUUGAUUGGUUGUUCAGAGACAAGCACUGAUGAAGAAAUUGCUGCUGCAGCAGAAAAAUACGUUGAGAAACUUUUUGGAGUAAACAAAGACCGAAUGUCAAUGGACCAGAUGGCUGUUCUCCUUGUUAGCAAUAUCAAUGAAAGUAAAGGUCACACACCUCCAUUUACAACCUACAAAGAUAAAAGAAAGUGGAGGCCAAAGUUUUGGAGAAAACCUGUUUCAGAGAAUAGCUUCAGCAGUGAUGAAGAACAGUCUACAGGACCAAUUAAGUAUGCCUUCCGGCCAGAGAAACAAAUGAAUGUUCCACCUUUGGAUACAGUUGUCACUCCAGAUGAUGUCCGAUACUUCACAAAUGAAACUGAUGAUAUUGCUAAUUUAGAAGCAAGUGUGGUUGAGAAUCCUUCUCAUGUACAACUUUGGCUCAAGCUCGCAUACAAGUACUUGAAUCAAAAUGAGGGGCUUUGUUCACAAUCUUUGGAUUCUGCUUUAAAUGUUCUUGCUCGGGCAUUGGAAAACAACAAAGACAAUCCAGAAAUUUGGUGCCAUUACCUCAGGUUGUUUUCAAAAAGAGGAACCAAGGAGGAGGUGCAGGAAAUGUGUGAAACAGCUGUUGAAUAUGCUCCCGAUUAUCAAAGCUUUUGGACUUUUCUACAUCUAGAAAGUACCUUUGAAGAAAAGGAUUACGUAUGUGAGAGAAUGGUGGAGUUUCUGAUGGGAGCAGCCAAGCAGGAAACGUCAGUUAUCCUGUCCUUUCAACUGUUGGAGGCGCUUUUGUUCAGAGUUCAGCUACAUGUGUUUACUGGAAGAUGCCAAAGUGCUCUUGCAAUAUUACAGAAUGCAUUGAAAUCUGCUAAUGAUGGAAUAGUAGCUGAAUACCUUAAAACAAAUGAUCGAUGUUUGGCAUGGCUGGCCUAUAUACAUCUUAUUGAAUUCAACAUUCUCCCUUCAAAAUUUUAUGAUCCAUCUAAUGCCAAUCCUUCAAGAAUUGUUAAUACAGAACCAUUUGUAAUGCCUUGGCAAGCAGUUCAAGAUGUAAAGACUAAUCCUGACAUGUUGUUAGCAGUUUUUGAAGAUGCUGUGAAAGCUUGCUCAGAUGAGAGCCAUACUGUUGAGGAAAGGAUAGAGGUCUGCCUUCCACUUUACACAAACAUGAUUGCCCUGCACCAGCUCCUGGAGAGGUUUGAGGCUGCAGUGGAGCUUUGUAAACACUUAUUGGAGUCAUGUCCCAUGAACUGCCAGUUGUUGGAAGUCCUUGUUGCUUUAUAUUUGCAAACAGAUCAACAUGACAAAGCCAGAGCAGUGUGGCUCACUGCAUUUGAAAGAAACCCUCAGAAUGCAGAAGUUUUUUAUCACAUGUGUAAAUUUUUCAUCUUGCAGAAUCGAGGAGAUAAUCUUCUUCCAUUUUUGCGAAAAUUUAUUGCAUCCUUCUUUAAGCCUGGGUUUGAGAAGUAUAGUAACUUGGAUCUGUUUCGGUAUCUCUUAAAUAUCCCAGGACCACUUGACAUUCCAGCCCAUUUAUGUAAAGGGAAUUUUGAUGAUGAUGUGUUUAACCAACAAGUUCCUUAUUUGUGGCUGAUUUACUGCCUUUGUCAUCCACUUCAAUCAAGUAUUAAAGAAACAGUAGAGGCAUAUGAGGCAGCAUUAGGGGUGGCUAUGAGAUCUGAUAUCGUACAGAAGAUUUGGAUGGAUUAUCUUGUCUUUGCCAAUAAUAGAGCUGCUGGAUCCAGAAACAAAGUCCAGGAAUUCAAAUUUUUUACUGAUUUAGUGAAUAGAUGUUUGGUUACAGUCCCUGCCCGAUACCCUAUUCCUUUUAGCAGUGCUGAUUACUGGUCCAACUAUGAAUUUCAUAAUAGGGUUAUUUUCUUUUAUUUGAGCUGUGUUCCAAAGACCCAGCAUUCCAAAACAUUGGAACGGUUUUGCUCAGUUAUGCCAGCUAAUCCUGGACUUGCACUGAGGCUACUUCAACAUGAAUGGGAAGAAAGCAAUGUUCAGAUUCUGAAACUUCAAGCCAAGAUGUUUACAUAUAAUAUCCCAACAUGCCUGGCCACCUGGAAAAUAGCCAUUGCUGCUGAGAUUGUUCUAAAGGGGCAAAGAGAGGUCCACCGUUUAUAUCAGAGAGCCUUACAGAAGUUACCUCUUUGUGCAUCCCUGUGGAAAGAUCAACUCUUGUUUGAAGCAUCAGAAGGAGGUAAAACUGAUAACCUGAGAAAACUAGUUUCCAAGUGCCAAGAAAUUGGAGUCAGCCUAAAUGAGCUCUUAAAUUUAAACAGUAACAAAACAGAAAGCAAGAAUCACUGAACAUUGGGUGCAGUCAGUUCUAAGUCCUUAUAAUAAUUGCCAAAAUUAUUUGAAUGAUUCUUCAAGAUUAGGCUGAUCCCUGGCUAAGGUCUGUGUAAAGCAGACAAGCAUUAUUGAUCAUAUCAAGUCCCCUGCAAUAUCCUAUCCUCAAACCGGAAGCAAUGAACAUGAUCCUCUUCAGUUGGAUAAAUGAACUUCCUGUUUGGCCUGCUUCUAGGCCCUGCCAGAUUCUCAUAACAUCA